CCCCCCCACACCCGGCGCAGCGGUGCCAGUGAGUGCCAGGUGCUGGGAGCACUGGGAGGCGAUGCCGGACGCCGACCCCCGCCUGGACCCGGGCCGCUGGGCGGCCGCCAGUUUCCGGGCCCGGGGGGCCCCGUCGCCGUCCCCCCCCCGGCCCCGGCGGGGCUUCUGGAGGCGCCUGGGCGGGUGCUGCGGGGGCUGCGGGUGCUGCCGCCGGGGCGCCGAGGACUGGGAGCCCCCCCCGGGCGAGGUCCCGGGGCGCCGCCCCCCCCAGCCCCUGCGGCCCGGCCUGCUGGCCCCCCGGGGCCUGGUGCUGGGCUCGCCGGGCGACCGGGCCGCCCACCGCACCGCCGACUUCGCCGGCCCCCGCCUCGUGGCCCGCCGGGGCCAGGCCUUCGGCCUCCGCGUCCUGCUGCCGCGGCCCUGGGACCCGGCCGGCGACCGCCUCUGCGUGGAGCUCACCCUCGGCCCCACCCCCCAGGUGGCCAAGGGCACCCACGUCCUCAUCCCCCUGGGCGAGACCUCGCCCACCGGCUGGACCGCCGAGGAGGAGGAGGGGGGGGAGGAAGAGGAGGGGGCGGGGCCCGCCGACGGCCCCGCCCUGCGGCUCCGCCUCGCCGCCCCGCCCGACGCCCCCAUUGGCCGCUACCGCCUCAGCGUCAAGACCCGCACGGCGGCCGGCGAGUACGCGGCGCCCUUCGACGACGCCAACGACCUCUUCCUCCUCUUCAACCCCUGGUGCCCCGAUGACCUCGUCUACAUGGAGAACACAAGCGACCUUGACGAGUACGUCCUUAACGAGACCGGCCGCAUCUUCUACGGCACCGAGGCGCAGAUCGCCGAGCGCUCCUGGAACUACGGGCAGUUUGACCCCGGCGUGCUCGAGGCCUGUCUCUACAUGCUGGACCGCCGGGGGAUGCCCCACGGCGCCCGGGGCGACCCCAUCAUGGUGUCCCGCGUCGUCUCCGCCAUGGUGAACUCCCUGGACGACAACGGGGUGCUGGUGGGCAACUGGACGGGCGACUACAGCCAGGGCACCAACCCGUCGGCGUGGGCCGGCUCCGUGGACAUCCUGCGCGCCUACCACGGCUCCGGCGCCCCCGUGCGCUACGGCCAGUGCUGGGUCUUCGCCGGCGUCAUGACCACCGUGCUGCGCUGCCUGGGGCUGCCCACCCGCACCGUCACCAACUACAACUCGGCCCACGACACCGACGUCUCGCUCACCACCGACAUCUACUUCGACGAGAACAUGCGGCCCCUGGAGCGCCUCAACACCGACUCCGUCUGGAACUUCCACGUGUGGAAUGACUGCUGGAUGAAGCGGCCCGACCUCCCCAGCGGCUACGACGGGUGGCAGGUCCUCGACGCCACCCCCCAGGAGACCAGCAGCGGGCUCUUCUGCUGCGGGCCCUGCUCGGUGACGGCGGUGAAGAACGGCGAGGUCUUCCUCAAGUACGACACGCCCUUCGUCUUCGCCGAGGUGAACAGCGACAAGGUGUACUGGCAGCGGCAGCCCGGGGGGGGCUUCGCCGUGGUGCACGUGGAGGAGGGGGCCAUCGGGCGCCGCAUCAGCACCCUGGGCGCCGGCUCCGCCGCCCGAUUGGACGUCACCAGCCAGUACAAGCACCCCGAGGGCUCGGAGGAGGAGCGCCAGGCCGUGGCCACGGCGACGUCGCACGGCUCACGGGCCCGGGCGGGCCGGGCCGAGGGGGCCCCGGCGGCCGGGGAGGUGACGGUGACGGUGGAGGCGGGGCCGGCGGUGGCGGGGGCGGAGCUGCAGCUGCGGGUGGCGGCCCGCAACGCGGGGGCGGAGCCCCGGACGCUCCGCCUCCACCUGGCCCUGGCGCCCGUCCGCUACACGGGGGUGGCCGGAGCCCCCAUCCGCCAGGAGCAGCACCGCCGGGUCCUGCCCCCCGGCCAGGGGGACACGGUGACGAUGGCGGUGGCCUACUCGGAGUACGGCCCCCACGUGGGCGACCAGGACGCCCUGAAGCUGACGGUGGCCGGGACGGUGCAGGAGACGGGGCAGGUGGUGGCCAAGGAGCUGCGGGUGCGGCUGACCGCGCCCGACCUCACCCUGACGCUGCUGGGCCCGGCGGUGGUGGGGCAGGAGACGCAGGUGCAGGCCGUGUUCCAGAACCCGCUGCCGGAGCCGCUGAAGGGAGCCGUGUUCCGCAUGGAGGGAGCCGGGCUCUCCUGCCCCAAACCCCUCGCCGUGGGGCCGGUGGCGGCGGGGGGGGCGCUGCGGUUGCGGCAGCCCCUGGUGCCGCUGCGGCCGGGACGGCGCCGCCUGGUGGCCGCCCUGGAGAGCCCCCGCCUGGGCCCCCUGCACGGCGCCCUCCUCCUCGACGUCGCCCCCGCUACUGGGAGCACUGGGAGCACUGGGAGCGCCGGGAGCGCCGCCCCCGACGCCCGACGCCGACGCCGACGCCGCCCCGCGCGAGCCGGCAGCACCGGCGGCUGAACUGGGAGCGCUGGGAGCAGACUGGGGGGCCACUGGGAGCGCUGGGAGGGGACUGGGAGCACUGGGAGCGGACUGGGGGAGCACUGGGAGGGGACUCGGAGGUCACUGGAAGCACUGGGAGGGGACUGGGAGCACUGGGAGUGCUGGAAGGGAGCUUGGAGGUCACUGGGAGCACUGGGGGGUUACUGGGAGCACUGGAAACCACCCCGGGGGGGUCACUGGGAGCACUGGGAGCAGACUGGCGGGAGACU